GAACCGAUCGGCAUGGAGAGCUUCGACGAGCACGUAAUAGGAGUCAAACGCAUAACGGUUCGUCAUUUAUAUAUCGUAGCUGUAAACCACCUCAUCUUUACCCUAAUCACCCAAAUUCCCGAAACCCCCGAAGACGAAGACGGCGUCGACGGCACUAGCAGCGUGUGAAGGAGAAAGAGGAAUUCGUGAAAGGCUUGCGGAUUUAAAUUUAAGUUAAACCUUCUAAGAAGCAUUAAUUUGCAACUUUCUAAGGAGCCAUGUCUUUGAAGCAGCAUAUUGCAAUUUUUACCACUGCAAGCCUACCCUGGAUGACUGGCACUGCUGUCAACCCUUUGUUUCGGGCUGCUUAUCUUGCUAAAGAUGGUAGCAGAGAAGUUACUUUGGUGAUUCCAUGGCUUUCUUUGAAGGAUCAAGAAGUAGUAUAUCCCAACCAAAUUACUUUCAGUUGCCCAUCAGAUCAUGAGGCUUAUGUUCGGAAAUGGCUGGAAGAAAGGGCUAAUAUCAGACCACAAUUCAGCAUAACCUUCUAUCCUGGAAAAUUUUCAAUAGAGAUGAGGAGCAUUCUACCCGUUGGCGAUAUCACAGAAACUAUUCCGGAUGAGAGAGCAGAUAUUGCUGUGCUAGAGGAACCUGAACAUCUUACGUGGUAUCAUCAUGGACAGAGGUGGAAAAUUAAAUUUCGUCGAGUCAUUGGCGUUGUGCACACCAACUAUUUGGAAUAUGUGAAAAGGGAAAAGAAUGGGCACAUACACGCCUUCUUUUUGAGAUACAUCAAUAAUUGGGUUAUUAAUAUAUACUGCCAUAAGGUUAUAAGAUUAUCUGGUGCAACUCAAGAUUUACCUCGAUCCAUCAUUUGCAAUGUUCAUGGCGUCAACCCCAGGUUUCUCGAGAUUGGCAUGGAGAAGCACAGGCAGCAGCAACAAGGCAAAACCACCUUCACCAAAGGUGCCUACUAUAUCGGAAAAAUGGUCUGGAGCAAAGGCUACAAAGAGUUACUCCAACUGCUCUCCAAGUACCAGAAUGAACUAUCAGGUCUUCAAGUUGAUUUAUUCGGCAACGGAGAAGAUUCUGAACAAGUUAAAGAAUCAGCAAAAAAGUUAAAUCUCUCCAUAAAUAUUUAUCCUGGUCGCGAUCAUGCCGACCCAUUAUUUCAUGAUUACAAGGUGUUCAUAAAUCCAAGCACAACGGAUGUGGUCUGUACAACAACAGCAGAAGCAUUAGCAAUGGGUAAAACAGUCGUCUGUGCUAAUCACCCUUCAAAUGACUUCUUCAAGCAAUUUCCAAACUGUUUUACUUACAAUAGUGGCAAAGAAUUUGUGAAAUUGACUCUCAAAGCUCUCGCUGAAGAGUCCUCGCCAGUGGCAGAUGAGCUCAGGGAGAAGCUCUCGUGGGAAGCUGCGACGAAGCGAUUUGUUAUGGCUGCUGAGCUUGAUAAGAAUGUUUCUGAAGCCAUCGUUCGUUCCGCUUCAAAACCUUUCAUGUCUAUUUCUUCUCAAGAUUUGAAGAAGGGGGUAGAGGAAGCUUCUGCAAUUUUAUACAACAGUAUUUCUGGAAUAGAGGUGGCGCGCUGCGCAUUCGGUGCAAUUCCGAAAACUUUGCAACCUGAUGAACAGAUGCGCAAGGAAUUAGGACUAGCUCCACGUUAAAAAGAAGGGGUCUUUACAUACAUACUACUUAAUUUCUCUUUAUUUACAUACCUCUCAAAUCUUUAAUAUCCCAUAAAAAUAUCAUUAUUCUAAUUUUUAGAAGCGAAAUACAUUUGUUAUGCAUAGAUAAAGCGGUAUGCAUGUAAAAAUUGAAAUUUUAGUGUUAAGAUAUGUAAAUACAUCAGGAUUAAGUUGUAUGUAUGUAAAAGUAAGCAGAUGUGCAGGAUAUUAGGUUAACGUUGAUUUUAGUUGAUACAAUUCCAUAGUUAUGAAAAAUUUAUUUACAGGUGGGCAAAAAUAUCAUCAUUUGUUGUAAAAUUUUGCCACACCAGAGAAUUUCAGAGCUUCGGCCUGAAGUGCUGGAACAGAUUUGCAGUAAUCAUUGUGACUGAUUUGUAUAUAAUUGUCAUUGUGCUGUAUCUUGAUUGGUGGAAUUUAAUUAAUCAAUCAUUAGU